GAACGCCGGGAAGACUUCUUACAGUCAGCUAUCUAUACACGCAAUGUGCCUCCAAUCCCUGGUACUGGUCAAAUCAGCCCAUUUAUCUUGGUAUUCGGACGACAUGCACCUUCACCUGAAAUCAUCCCUCUUGAUUUGCCCCCAGCAACACUUUCAAGAAACGCUUUUGCCGAGCAGCUUGUAUCUCGUUUGUGUGAAGCACAAAAACAGUUUAACACUAUCAAGGCCGAUUUAAAGCGGACACAACGAGAGUACUAUGAUAAGUCCUCUAGGGAUUUAGCUGUUACUGAGGGAAAAGAAGUUUAUGCUAGACGACCUCCUCCUAGCUCACAGCCUGAAGGAUCUGCAACAAGGUUUAGACGUCGAUUUGAUAAACCAUAUAUUGUUUUGGGACAAGUCCAUGGUCGCCCAGAUCUACUACGUCGUUGUCGUUCCUGA